AUGACAUCAACAAGAAUUUUCAAGGGUGUCGCUCUAGCUCUCGGCAUCGUGACUGCAGUCGUUGAAAGUGGAGUCAUCGCGAUUGCAGCGAUUUUUAUCUUCGGAUGGUCUGUGCCAAUAUCACUCAUAUGCGGUGUUGUACUCGCUGCCAUCUCACCGGCUGUUACUGUUCCGGUAAUGCUUGACCUGCAAAAUCAAGGACUCGGUACACGAAAGGGCAUUCCAACGCUUGCGCUCGCAUCGGCCACCCUCGACAAUGUGUUCUGCAUCACGGCGUUCUCCGUCAUCACAACGAUAGUGUUUUCUACA